AUUUGUCGCUAUUACUAGAAAAAAAAUAAAUUAUAUCUUCUUAUUCGUCUUCUCAAAAACCUUGUUUCCCUGCACAUCGAGGAAAAAAAAAAACCGUGCUUCCCGAAGUCUAGAUUCUGGUUCCAUCUUCUCGCCUCUUUAAUUAUCUUCUUAUCCCCAACUAUAUAAAACCCUAUCUUUUCCUCCCUCACAUGCACUAGUUUAAACACUCCCCCAUUUAUAACAAGUUGCUCCCUCUUUCCGUUCCCAAGAAGAAGAAGAAGAUCAAGAGAUUAUAAGAAGAAGAAGAGGAGGAGGAGGAAGAAGAAGGAGAAACUGAAAGUGUGAAAACUACAAUACCAUCCAUCAUGGGAAACUGCAUGGAGACGUGCAACCCGUCUUGGAGAGAAGGGGAGAUCACUGCCAUAAAGGAGACGGGGUUCGAACAAGAAAACAAUAGGAAAGUAGUGAAGGCCAGCGGGUUCGACGACGACGGCAGUAACAAAGGUGUGAUGAGGGUGAAGAUACUGCUGACAAGGGAGGAGCUUGAGUUGUUGAUGGCUCAACUGGGCGGCGGCGGCAACAAUAAAGGGGGAUUCAGCAAUAUUGACAAGAGAUCACUGGAAGAGGUCUUGGAGGAGAUUGAGAGAGGAAGAUCAUCAACAUUAUCAUUGUCUUCAUCGUCAUCAUCGUCGAGAACAUCAGGAUGGAGUCCUUCUCUUGAGAGUAUAAUGGAGAUCCCUGAAGUUCCCGAUCACAUGGACAGAUCAUCAUCAUGACUCUUCCUUCUUCAAAGUUAAUCUUUUCUGCCAUGUUAAGGCAUGAAAUUUCGUUUCAUGGGUGAUGGACUAAAACACUGUAAUUACUCCUCUCUGAUCUCUCUACCUCUCUAUUUGUCCUCUUUUUUUUGCUUCAUUUAAGAGAUGACCCCUGAGGUUGGUCUAGUGAUUUUGUAAAGGAUCUUUAUUAGCAUGAUAAUUAAUUACUCCACCUUGGUCGUA